AUGGAAGCAGUUUAAUUGUAAAAGCCAUAAAAGAAAGUUAAGAAAAUAAACUGGAAUAACUUUUUGGUAGGCACUUGUCUUAGUUUUGCAACUCAGCCUUUUGAGGUUCUUAGAACUAGUUCUAUUAUAAACAAAACAAAUAACCAUGGUACCAAUUUCUAAGAUUUAGGUAAGCAAAUUAUCUAAAUUUGGAAAUCAGAAGGCUAUAAGGGUUUUUAUAGAGGAGGUGUAUUAGCAAUUUUGAAGAGCACAAUAGGAUGUGGUAUAUUUUUUACAGGCUUAGAAAAUAUUCGUUAUAUCUUCAAUGCUUAAAAUGCAAAAAACCCUUAUUUGCAGUAGUUUUUAAAUUUCUUAAGUGCUUCUUCUGCUAAGUUAGUAACUUCUAUGAUUUUGUCUCCAAUUAAUGUUAUGAAAACAAGAUUUGAAGUUGUUGGAUAAAAUGAAUAUAAAUCAAUAUUAUCUACUGUUGCUAAAAUUACUAAAGAAGAGGGCUUUAUUGGAUUUUACAGAGGUAUUCUUCCUACAUUAAUGAGAGACAUACCAUGGAGUGGUCUUUAAUUUGCUAUAUAUAGCUCCAUGAUUUAAUCUUAUGACUAUGUCUUUUAGUAACGUGCCUAAGAUAAUACUUCAUAUGUUUUUUUUGUUGGUGCUGUUUCAAGUGGCCUUUCCCUGCUUAUGGUUUAUCCUUUCGACAACAUUCGUGUUAGAUAUCAAGGAAAGAAACUAGAGACUCGUUCUAUGGGAACUUUAAUGAAAUAAGUAUACACAGAGCAAGGAUUUUUUGGUUUUUAUAAAGGAUAUCUCCCACGUCUAUUGAAAAAAUGUACAAGUGGAGCCCUAACCUGGACUCUUUAUGAAUAGUUAAAUAAAAGAAGAGUUGACUCCUUAAAAUUGCACUGA